CGAUCCUAAACCCAAACAACGAUCCCUAUCUUCUAUACGAUAUCAUCAUAUUCCCGAAUAGAAUCAAAGAUGCUCCUUUUCUCUCAUACCUUCCUGGGUCAAAAGUCAUUACGAAACGGAAGAAAGUGAAUACCCACUUGAUCCCAAUGCAUCAAACGCAGUUUGAUCAGUUACCCACCUCGGAAUUCUCAUCUGGGUAAGCAAAUUCAUCAUCUUUUUCCCAAUUAAUGAAACUGGGUACUACUUUAGAUUAUUGUACAUAUUCGUUGAAAUCUGAUCAUGAAUUCACAAAGACAUGGCUUUUUCCCGGACGAAGUCGUCCUCCAAAUUCUCUCAAGGCUUCCGAUUAAGUCACUUUUCAGGAGUAAAACUGUGUGCAAACUUUGGUAUAGAUUGGUUUCUGAUAAGUAUUUCAUUCAGUUGUACAAUGAAUCGGCUGUCAAGAACUCUAUGUUAUUGGUUGAGGUCUCUGAGUCGUCUGGAUUGAAAUCCAGUUUGAUUUGUGUUGAUGAUCAGAAGGGUGUUUGUGAAUUUGACUUGAAUUUCUUGAAGGACAGGGUUAAGGUCAGAGCAUCGUGUAAUGGUUUGUUGUGUUGCUCUAGUAUACCUGAUAAGGGUGUUUAUUAUGUCUGUAAUCCUAUGACUCGUGAGUUUAGGCUGCUUCCGAAGAGUAGGGAGAGGAAUGUGACUCGGUUUUACCCUGAUGGUGAGGCCACUUUAGUCGGAUUGGCUUGCAAUUUGGCGUCGCAGAAGUUUAAUGUGGUUUUAGCUGGCUAUCACCGCACGUUUGGUCAUAGGCCGGAUGGGACUUUUAAGUGUAUGAUAUAUGAUUCUGAGACUAACAAAUGGAGGAAGUUUAUCACUUUUCAAGAUGAUCAGUUUAGCCAUAUGCAUAAGAAUCAGGUUGUGUUUGUGAAUGGUGCGCUUCAUUGGUUGACAGGUGGUGGUUGUUCUUGUAUACUUGUGCUUGAUUUGGAGUAUGAUAUGUGGAGGAAGAUGUCAUUGCCUGAUGAAUUGAACUGUGGAAUGGGGAAUCGUUUUUACUUGUUGGAGUCGGAUGGCUGCUUGUCUGUGAUUCAGAUUUCGGAUACUUGGAUGAAGAUUUGGGUGUUGAAAGAUUACUUGAGAGAAGAGUGGCGUUUGGUUGAUACUGUGAGUUUGAGAUGUAUUAAGGGGCUUGUUCCAGGGAUUUUCCCCAUCUGUCAGACUGGUGAAUAUGUUCUCUUAGCAACCCAUAAGCAGAUAUUAGUUUUUCAUCGCAAAAGUCGUGUGUGGAAAGAGAUGUACUCGGUGAAGAACAGCUCUACACUGCCAUUGUGGUACUCAGCUCAUGCAUUUCGGAGCACUAUUUAUUCUUGCCAUUAGUAUUUGGAUUUCAUCUAAUAAACUUUUGUACAUAAAUGUCCUAUGUAAAUCCUGGUUCGUCUAUCAAGAGUUUCAAGACCUAUGCCGUUUACAGUACGUUUGGCAUGGAUCUGUUACUUCAAUUUGGUUUUUUGAAUAUGAUGUUUGGAUUAUCCAUCUUGUAUGUUAGUGUUGGAAUACCAUAAUGUGUGUUUUUUUUUUUGGAAAACUGUAAGAAAUGCACUGUUUUCCUGUCUGUAGUUAUUCUAUA